AUGAAUUUGUGGCUUUGCUAUUCAUUGUUUCUUCUCUCGUGGCACCAGAAAAGCUAUAGCGCCACCAGUUUACAAAACGUCACAAAAACCACCUUCAAGAACUACAUGUCUAUAGCGCUGGACUUCCUAAAAAACUAUGAGGAUAAAGCAACGCGCAUUUCAUCCGGUGAAAGCGAAGCUGCUUGGAAUUACGAAACCAAUCUUACUGAGACUAACCGAGAGCUAUCGGUAUUUAACUCAACAUUUGCCAAAGCUUUUUAUCUAAAAGCUAGUGACAACGCUUCGCGCAUCAAGGAAGUGGAUCUUUCCAACGACCAAGCGAGGCAAAUUAGGAUUAUUCGUAGAAACUAUCUUCCCAAAUCGCCAAGGGAUAUAAAGCUCAUAGAUGAUCUUAUAUCAAAUAUGACAAAUAUUUAUAGUAGUGGAAAGGUUUGUAAGCACAACAAAGCUACAAAUAAAACAAGCUACUUAGAACUAGAUCCAGACCUCUACUCGCUGAUGGGGAAAUCACGCGACUACGACGAGCUUCUUUGGGGCUGGAAAAGUUGGCGAGAUGCCGUCGGCCCUCCCAUGAGGACGCUGUACGAAAAACUUGUGAACCUUCUGAACUCUGGGGCAAGGGCGCACGACUGGGGUGAUUACGGGAAUUUUCAACGCAGCGAAUACGAGAUGGGAAAUGAUUUUCAAAAAGCGAUCAUGAAGCUAUGGAAUGAAGUCAAACCACUCUACCAGGAGCUUCAUGCAUAUGUUAGGUACAAGUUACGCGAAAAGUACCCUGAAGUGCCCGAAAAUGGGACCAUUCAGGCGCAUCUUUUAGGGAAUAUGUGGGCUCAGGACUGGAGUUUGAUUGAAGACCUCGUAAAGCCCUAUCCUAAGGUCCCAUCUCUUGAUGUAACACCAAACUUGCGUAAGCAACAGUAUACUCCUAUAAAGAUGUUCAAGCUUGCACAAUCCUUUUUUGUUUCUAUUGGCCUCGACCCCAUGCCUCAAACAUUCUGGAAUAAAUCAGCCAUUGAGAAACCUAAGGACAGAAAAAUGGUCUGUCAUCCGUCUGCCUGGGAUUUUAACAAAGGAGAUGUUAGGUACGUGAAGGUGAAAUAAUCGUUACGACUCUCUUGAUGGAUUGAUUGACUGAUUAAUUGAUUGAUUGAUUGAUUGACAGUUUUGGUUGUUGUUGGGUUAGUCGGCUGAUAAAUGGUUCAGACGAAUUGUUGGUUAAAUUCUGACAGGCUGAGUUGACUGAAUAACCGGUGAUGAAUUGAUCGAUUUGCUAUUGAGAUGAGUCGUGCAAGAAGUUUGGCAGUUUCGAGGGUAAUUGAUGUCGAAUUGAUUGAUCUAUUGUUUCACUAGUUAGACUGUUAAGGCCAUCUUCCAAAAAACGCUUACCGGUAGGGAGUAACUGAAGCUGAAGUGCAUAGCUAUCGAGUGCUUCAGAAACUGAGAAAGCUCUUCUGAUAAGAACAACACCGGAAAAUAAAGUUUUACAGGGGAAAUCGGGCACUAAUCGCAUUGCUGGAAAUGAAGAAAUGUUAACACAACGAAGAUUGUUAAGAUGACGUUAAGGGGUCUCCAAGUGGCAAAUGACUUAGUCUGUAUUUUUUAGUCGAAAAUUUAUCUGAAGCUUUCAACGUUUCUAUGGAUCAGAACGUUCGUCACCUAAGAACAUGGUUUAUCUAUAUUUAGUAAAAUCCAACUAGUGGUCUGUUAUCAAUGCUGCGUUCUGAUUGGUUAAGCUACUACUAGGCUAUAUGUUAUAGCGCACUAGUAUCGAAAAGCCCUGGCUUUGAAAACCAAAACAAUGGCAGCUGAAUCGCGUUUUGCUAGCUAAAGUUGUUUUGUCUCGAUAUUUUUUACCAACUAGUUGGAUUUAUAAAACAAUUAUUCCUCUCGCCCUCACGGCUUUGAGUCAAUAGUCCAUUAGAUCUUCGGCCUCAUGGGAUCAGUAUAAACUCAGAGCACAUUCGGGCUCGAGGAAUGAUUGUUAAUUAACUCACUAUGUUGAAGGGUUGUUUUUCGCUUAGGAUCAAGAUGUGCACAGGAGUCGACCAAGAAAACUUGAUAACGAUCCAUCAUGAGAUGGGACAUUGUGAAUACGACCUCGCUUACAAGGAUCAACCGAUUGCCUUCAGAAGUGGCGCCAAUCCAGGUUUCCAUGAGGCUAUAGGCGACACUAUCGCUCUGUCUGUUCUCAACCCUAAACAUCUGAAAUCCGUGGGACUACUGUACACGAUUGGAAACAACUCUGGUGAGUCAUUGUUCAGUUUGUUUGGUUUGUUUAUUGUUGCAACGGGCCAGCGGUAAAUGCAGAAAGCACGCGCAACGACGCACAACUGAUAAGCUAAACGCUGGAAAGCGCGGGAGAUCACAGAGGUGCUGGUGGGAGAAAAUUGCAAUUCAGUAAAUCAUAUAAACGCAAAUUAAUAUUAAGAUUUAGCCAGAGCUAAAAGUGAAGCUCCAGUUAAUGCAUUUAAAAUUAAUUUAGGCAAAGGUCUUUAAACUAUUGCAAAGAAAUCCACAAUUCUAUACUUAACUUUGGGGGAGAACCAUAUGACUGAAAAACAUAACUUCGAGCCUGCGAUCAAUUUAAAGCUAAUAACUGGUCGGCGGAAAACUUCAAAAAAAUACGUGACUUCGAUGAGUUGGUACCUGAGCCCGCCAUAUCGCCAUGUGACUCUGAUCAGCGGAUGCCCUGUUUUGACAGCUGUCAAUUGACCAUAAUAUUGAUGUCUAUCAUCAAGUUAAACUUAGGUUUAGGGCUCCCACACCAGCUAGAAAGUUUGAUAUUUCAGAUUAGUUUCCCUGUGGCGGACGUACGGUCACUUGAUUACCAAAAUUUCUCGGAUAGAUAGAUUAGCACAUUUUCUUUGUUAUGAGGCUCCGCUCGCGCGCGCUUUGCGAGCGCGUAGUGCUCCGCUAUCAACAGACGUAAAACACUUGUGAGAUACUGUUACUACACUGAAAUAACUUUAAACUAAUAAGUCAUCAGCAAAGAUUCGACUCUUGUCUCCCUUCAUUUUUGCAGAAGCAGAUAUAAACUUUUUGAUGGACAGAGCACUACAACGAGUAGCCGCGCUUCCCUGGACACUACUUGUUGACCUGUGGAGAUGGAGGGUGUUCUCGGGAAGAAUUACACCGGCAAAUUACAACUCAGAGUGGUGGCGAAUGCGCAUGCUCUACCAAGGUGUUAUGGCUCCAGUCCCUCGGACUGAGACGGACUUUGACCCUGGAGCUAAAUUUCACGUGGGCGCCAACUCUGCUUACAUCGGGUAAACAUGUAGAGGACCCUGUCACUUAAUGGGUUUAAUCAUACGCAGUAGAACCUUCAAGGUUCAUAUGAACGGGCGACGUAAAAACACAAAAACAACACAGUUGGCGGAUAAAACUUGUCUUUUUUUAAUGGGAAUUUUCUCGAGAGUCAGUUUGUACGUCCUUGCAAUGCCAGUUUUAAACCUUUACGAUGAUGUUCAUGUUAACUCCCCGUUCAAUGGGUACGCGAAAGGACGAUGAGGAAGAAAUCCCGGGGGAGGGUACUGCCAUAUAUGAGCCAGGAGCCCAUGAGAUGGGCUCCUGAUGGGCUAUGUAAGUAUGUGCCGCUGUGAAAGGUAUGGUUCUCAAGCAGUUUACUCUAGGAUAGGGUAUUUAAAUCAGAGAGUUUGGGUCUAGAAUAGGGUAUCAUUUUCCAGGAAACUGAUCAAUUGGUUGAAGAUUUUAGUCUAGACUAGGCAAACCGGGAAUUGCCACUCAAAAAUAUAAAAAAAUCAAAUUGGCAAGUUUAAAUUUACGCAACUCAGCCUAAAAGCUACUCUAGGAUAGGGGAAGUACCCCCGGGAAGAAAUGUUGCCCCAUUCUCGUCCCCAGAGCCGCGAUCCUUUUGGCCAGCGCUAAGGCUCUCGACCCAUAAUGCUGGUAAGCGGAUUAGGGCUCUGGGCACGAGACUGAUCUGCUUAUGUUACUCGUGUCAGCGUCGACAUCAAAAUUAUGAAUAAAACCCUGCGUUACAUGGAUGUCGCGAGAUGGUUAUAGAAACCGUAGCAGCGUAGUUUUGCUUUAAAUGAGUUGAGGGUUCCUGCCUGGCGAAGAUCAAGAGGAAGACUGGUCUUCACUGUAUUCAAUUAUUGAUCACCGUUUAUUUAUUUAUUUUUGUUUUUGUCGGCAGCUACUUCGUCUCUCUCAUUCUUCAGUUCCAGUUUCAUCGUUCACUUUGUAAAACAGCAAAGCACAAAGGUCCUUUGCAUGAAUGUUCCAUCUACAAGUCAAAAGAUGCUGGCAAGAAAUUCAGGUAGGGUGCUUCAUCAUAAUAUCAAAGUCCUCACAUAACGUUCCUCUCAGUAUAUUAAGCUUGAGGAGUAAGGACGGAAUGGAUGUAUGAGGGCUAAGUAUACUGAGGUUAUGAAACUGAACUGUUGUCAAGCUCUCUGGAAGAGGAUCGGCUGGGGAAAGUACGAAAGGGAAAAAAAUGGCGAGUGAAGUCCGGAGUAGAAGAGAGUUAUAGUUCUUCAAUGAAAGGCAUUAUCUUUUUGAUGGGCCAAAAUGAAAUUAAAGUGCAAGUGAAUAACCUCACUCUGGGGGAACGAACGCCCUUAUUACUGUUAUUGGCCUCCAUUGUCGGGUUUGCUUUGCCUAGUGACUAGGUCUCGAUAUUCCGCGCGCCUUGUUCGUUUCGCGUCUCGUGGUCCGUGAGGCUACAUUCACUGAAAUAUAUUGACCAAGAGGAACUGGUAAGGCGCCCUACACGAACUAUUCAAGGGUUUUCUUACUGAGAGUGCUUUCAAGGCGAAUAAAUAGAUUUCUCCUAUUUAUAAGAAAGGAAGUAGUAUCACACAGGCGCCUUUUAAUUUAAUUUAACAUUUAAAGUAAUGCUUACAUACUUCUGUUUUCAUGUGUGUUUUAACUUUGCUCUGUACUCGAGAGGCCGACUGCGCCGGUCAAGUGGGCUGCACUCAAGCUCAAGGAACACUCAGCGAAAGAGUGCUAUCUUUUUUAAUCCGCAAGGAUCAAGUUAUCUUGUCUGCUUAUGUCAUCUAGACACCUCUCUUAAUUUUUACAUCAUAAACCUAUUUCUUAACCAAGAUACGUAACUUUUAUGUAUUUUAUACGUUAUAGAGAAAUGUUGGCCGCAGGUCGAAGCCGUCCUUGGCCCCAAACCCUUUACCGUAUGACAGGUGAGCGACAAAUGACAGCAGGCGCCAUUUUGGAAUACUUUGCACCAUUACAGGACUGGCUGAUUAAGUAUCGCGUCAAAAAGGGAUACACUUUGGGUUGGAAAAGAAAAAAGGUGCUAAGUUCAAAUCAGGUGCAAAAAGGAACGAGGAAAACACUUUUUUCUACAACGUCUAAUUCCCCCGGAGAGAGUAUUCAACCAUUUACUAAUACAUCAGUAAACUUGACUUCCGGUGCCAAGAACGAAUCAGGUGUAGUAACAUUUCCGGAAGUAAAAAAGAACGACAGCAUUGACUUGGGAAAACCAGAUCUAAAGGCGGCUUUAGCAGCCAUGGGGCCUGCAUUGAAGGUGACGGAGGAGAGUUCAGAGAAAAACAGAGAAAAUUCGCUUCUUGAUCCCAAAUCCGCCAUACUUGGAGCGAAGCCGAUGUUUGUUCCUAACAAGAUUAAAGAUCAGUUGGACCUGGGAUAA